AUGAGCGCGCCGGAAUCCGCGCAGGAAGAUGUUUCAAAGGUUUGUAUGAUGUUUGAAAUCCUCUCUCCCUUUGAUCCUAUGAUUAUUGCGCGAAAUUUUUCGCUCAGCGACCAGUAAGAAGUCCCGGAUUUCACUCUUCGCGGAGUAUUGCUGUCGUUCCUGUUAGCAGCAUGUGCAGAGCGAGAUCACGGGAAGCCAUUUUUGGUUAUGUUUCUGAUCGUAAGAGGCCUGGCUGACGAAACACUUGUUGAAGAUUCUUCGUGCUGGAUUCUUCUACAGGUGAACCGAAGACUAGCUGGAACAGUGAACUGGGGCACCGCCACUGUGGUAGGAAUAUUUGCCGGGAUGCUAUACGGAGGAAGCAAGGAAGCAGCUGCCUCCGUCGUAAGUCUACGCCCUCUCUAGAGUAAGAUUAUAGAAAGUUAAAAGAUCAUAAGAGGAUCAUAUCCCGGAGCAAGUGAUAAAUUGCCUAUUCACAUAUUUUAUAUCCAUGAAAAUAGAUAAAAUUCACAGUAAUGGACUUCUUGUAGAUCAUACAGUCAUGCUCUGUAUGGGAGGGGCAUGGAGUAGUAUGCCAGGCCGAUGGCCAAGUUUCUCAAAGCAUAUGAUUGUCUCAAAGCUAUCAGCACGGUUUUUUUUCAGUGUUUAUUUAAUAGAAAUUAUUCCGUCACUACUUGCAAAGGGUCUGCUCUUUUCAUCUUUCCACAUUUCUCUCGAUUGAAUCACUCAGUAUCUUCAACCAGUUUCUCUAUAUUUCCAUCUCAAUAUUCAUUGAUAGUGAAAUAAAUAUCUUAAGAUUCAUCUUUAUUUAUUUUGCAUAUUUUAUGUAUGAAGCACAAUUUUCAAGCCAUUCUUUAUGAUUCGGAAAUAAGGGAUGCUUAGUAUAUUAUUAAAGGAUCGUCAUCUUCAUAGAUCAACCUUCUGUUGUCAGCAACACGUUAGCUGCCUCAUUUUGAAGAAACUCUUGGCAGAGCAAGGAUGCUGAGGUAAUGCUGAAGCUGGGAAGCACACCUGACAAACGCGAGCAGUACAGAUUAAUGAGGGAUGCAAUGGAGAAAAGGUUCAUACGAGUAACCCGCGGAUCAAUAAUCGGUGGCGUUCGGCUUGGAAUGUUUACCGCCACAUUCUACGGUUUACAGAAUCUUCUGGCAGAGAAACGGGGUGUGCACGAUGUUCUCAAUGUGGCUGGAGCUGGUUCUGCAACUGCUGCCAUGUUUGGCCUCAUCUGUGAGAAAACUAUGAUUCCCCAUCAUUUUUUAUAUCAUCCAAUAGAUUCCGCUUCGUUGGUACCAUAUGUAAAUGUGAGAUUUGGCACUUAUCAUAGUAUCUCCUAAUGCAAAGUUUACAAAAAAAUAAAAUAUUUACAGCUAGUUUUUUCUAUUUAACAAUUGCCCCACAGUCUAGCAGGUGAUAUUUUGCUGUAUUUUUCUUGUCUGAACAAUUUCUAGAUAUAUUUCUCGUGCCUAUCACAAUUGUCCUUGAUGUGGUGGUGAGGUAAUCUACUGGCGUAAAUUGUUAGGCAGAUAAUUGAUCAAUUGAUUAGCCUGCAAAUAGUCUUAAACUAAACUACGGUUUCUGACUCAGCCAUUGAGGAGCUAAAUGUAUGAUUAUUGGAAAAUAUCUAUCUUCUUGUAGGAUUAUUCAUUGUUCUUCGUAUGAUGGUACAGAAUUGGAUUAGAAAAACAAUGAUGCUUCUUUGAAUUGGUCUCAUGUUUUCAUGCUGCUUCCUUACGCACCUCUAACUUGCGCCUCCUUUUAUGGCAAUAUCUUUCAGUGCCAGGGUCUCUCAUGUGGCGUGCCCGUAACAUGUUGCUAGGUUCAACCCUUGGUGCUGCUUUCUGUUUUCCACUUGGUAAUGGUGUUCUUUGAUCUUUGUUAGGUUAAUAUUCUGAAACUUUUGUACAUAUCUCAUUUAUUAUAAAAAAAAACAUGGCUUUGAGGGUUCCAUGGAAAUACUGGUCUUGGUAAUUUGGGGAAACAUUCUUAACGAGCCCAAAUACAGUUGGAAACUGUUGUUUAUAUUUCAUGAUCGGUGAUACAACACCAUACUUGCAUACCAAAAUCUAUCUAAUUGAGCCCCAAUUUUAUUUUCGCAUUUCUUCAUCCGUGAUGCAACUACCACAACUCAUUACUGCAGUCCUUCCAAAGCUAUCUCUGGAACUGAGGCUUAAUGCCCAUAAACCUAGUUAUAAACUACUGUGUAUAUCCCAUGAUCUAUGUUCCAAUGCCAGAUUUAUGUACCAAAAUCUAGUCUUAUCAGCUAUGCUCGAACUCAGUUUCAUUUUUCAUAUUUCUUCGUAUCAAGGAUGCAACAGCUCAUCGAUCUGAUCUUUCCAAAGAUCAGGUGGGCUACAUUAAGUGAGGUUUACUGAGCUUAAACCCAGUUGUCAACUAUUAUUUUUAUGUCAUUAUCUGCAAUAUAACCAUAAUAUAUAUAUAUAUAUACCAAAAUCUUAUACUAAUGAGUUCUACAUGAACCCCAAUUUUAUUGUUCUCAAGUCUUCUGCCGUGUGCUUCACAUUUGCAUCAUCCCUACAACGUAAAGCAUUGUGCGUCUUUGAGACCGAAUGGGCAAACUAUCUUCACAGGUUGGGCUCAUUUGAAGCUUGUGGAGAAGGCGAAUGAGGGGUUCUCCAUCCCUACGUCACCACACAAUGGGGAUGAGAAGCAAGAGACGAAAAGUAGAGUCGGUGCUGCUAUCGAGAGGCUUGAAGGGAGUCUAGGUAAGUGA